AUGAAGAGGAUAAACAUAGUAGAUCUUCCGGAGGAUUUGCUGGUAGAGAUACUCUAUAGGCUUCCGAAGGCUUUUGAUCUGGCACGACUCCGAUGUACCUCAAAAGGAUUGAACGCUCUUAUCAAAAAAUAUAAGAGACUUGCCAAGUCUCAGAUCAUCAUGUUGAUUGACUUUAGGGUUUAUUUAGCGAGCAUUGAUCUCAAUGGAGUUCACGACAACAACAACGUCGUAAAGGUAACAAGUCAAUUAAGUCUCAAAGAUCCUCUUUCUACUACUUCUCCUAAAGAAGUCGAUAUAAGCGAAGUAUUUCACUACGACGGCUUAUUGCUAUGCACCACCAAGGACGAUAGACUUGUGCUUUGGAAUCCAUGUUCAGGUGAAACCAGAUGGAUGAUCAAACCCGUAGGUCCUUCCUUCAAGAAUUUCAACUGCUACGCUCUCGGUAAAUCCUCCUGCAACAAGUACAAAAUCUUGAGGAUGCGUCAACAUGGAAAUGGUUAUUCUAAAUGCUUAGUUGAGUACGAAAUCUACGACUUUACCUCUGAUUCUUGGAGGGUUUUGGGUGAGACUAGCGACUGGUCCAUUCACUGGUUGAAGCAUUGUGGCAUGUCUGUGAAUGGAAAUACUUACUGGCUUGCCUCCAAUAAUGUUCCAGUCUGGCAAAAUGAUUUCUUAUUAAGUUUUGAUUUCUCAACAGAGAGAUUCGAAAGUGUGUCUCUACCAGUUGAUGAUUUUUCUUAUGUACCUAUGGCUUUAUCAGUUACUAGAGAAGAGCAAAAACUAUAG